UUCUGCUAUUUUUUGUAAAUUUCUUUUAUAUUGUGCAAUUUGUGAAUGGAUUUUGUGUUUAUUUUAAUUUCAAAGCUUUAAGUACUUAAUGUGUUUGUGACAUGUGCGUUUUUUACAACGAAAAAUCUUGAUUUGCAACCACACAGAAAAUAGCCCAAAUCAAUAAAAACUAAAAAUUUCUUUUUGAUAUAUUAAUAUUUCUCUAAUACAUAUUAAUAUAUUAAAAACAUUUUUAGGUCCAUUUCAACCUUCAGUAUACAUUAAGUAGAAAACCAUUGCACAAUUAAUAUAAAAUCUCAUUUAUAACGUAGAAAUUUUUAUUUAGAAAAUUGUAUAUUUUCUUAACAAAAGAAAACAGUACUUAAAAAAAAUCAAAUUUGAUUUGUUAAAUUUACGAUUAUGUGCUUAAAGAAACGUACUUUGAACUUUGACAACAGAAUAAGACUACAACACCUUUCUUAAAAGUUGUAAAUAAAUCUAAUCCUUAAAAACGAUAAAAUAAAGAAAAAGUGAUCGUGAUUCAGCUAAUGAAAAAACUAAGCUUUAAGGCAAUUUCAAACAAAGUUCUUCUUCAAUCUUCUUUUAACUUGAAAAAAACUUCUUAAAUAUAAAUUACUGUACAUAAAGCUAUAGUGUGAUUUAACCGUUAAAUAAAAUAAAAAAAUAUAUAGGGUGUUUCAGAUUAUCACUAUAUUACAGAGAAUUUGGAAACAAUAAGAGAUAUUGAUAUACAAAUCUUUCUUGUAACGAAAUAGGUUUUUAAUAAAAUUAUGCUAAAGCUUUUUGUAUUGACAAUCGCAAAUCAUUGAUAAAGAUAUCAUGCUUUGAAGUUAAAUUUUUAAAGUUAUCAACAUAUUAUUUUUUGAAUUUGGUAUGUUUAUUCUAUAGGGUUAUGUUUCCAAAUUUCCAAUUCUGUAAUCUCAGAAAAAUGAUCAAUUUCGAUCCGAUUUUUAAAAUUGUUCUUGUACACAUUAUUAAAAAGAGUUACAAAUAUGUUUGUCGGUCACGUUCAUCAAGUACCACGAAUAUUGUUGCCUAAUUAUUCGCAUCCAGCGGAAAAGCACAACUCAAACAUUUCAAAAUCGCAUAGAUAUGUAUGGAAAUAAUAAUUUCAGAAUUCUCAGCUAACGUUUCUGCGUUAUGAAAGAACCAUUUAAUAUUUUUUAAUGGUAAUCUAACACAUCCAGUCACAUCGUGUACCAUAACAUUUUGGAAGUUACUCACAAGUUUUGACGCUAUGAUGAGUGGAGUAUUCGACGACGAAUUCUAUAAAUUCUGAUAAUUUCUGCAAAAUCCUCUCCCAUUCUGCAACCUCCAUUGUCUAGACACCUUCAGGAUUUUAAAAUCAUCCAUGACAUGAUACUCUCAAGCGACUGUUCCAUCAAGGGUCCGAAAAUCUUUCUGAGGACAUUACGUACUUUGACUUCUCCUGGUUCCUGACUUCUCUUUGCAACUUGUUCCAGUGCGAUGAAGCAUUCCUUCGCGUUUCUUUCUACAACUCAUAAUUUCAAUAUCAUCGGCGUAUUCCAGCAGUUCUUUCGAUAAAAGAUUGUGCCGUCCCAUUUUAUUCCAAUUUCUCUGAUUACCUUUUCCUGGAUGGAUUGUUAAGUGGAAUUGAAAUAGAAUUAUUUAAAAUCGCUAUCGUUUCAAAAUUUUCUAUAGUAAAUCAAUUAUCUGAGACACCCUACGCAAUAAAUUAGAUUAAAUUCGAAAAAAAAAACGUUUUUGCGAUAUAAAAUGUGUUUCUGAUUUAACCGUUGGUUGUGAAAACAUCCGUUGUACUUUAAUAAUUAUUGUUAUAUCUUUUGUUUAGCACUUACAAAGGACAAACACCAAAAAAAAAAAAAAAAAGAAACAUUCUAACAGUGAGAUUUUUGGAUGAAUAAACUAAUCUGUUUUUAAACCAAGUACUUAGCGAUCUGUACGUAAAAAAUACCUUCAAUAGAGCGUUUCUGCAUUUAAAAUGUAUUUAAAAAUUUGUGACAAACGAUUAAUCUAAUUAUUAGACAACGUUUUUCUUUUCCAUCUUUUUUUGUGUUCUUAGGACGACGCAGUACAAAACAUCCGAAAAAUAUUAAAAGGAAGGUUUUAGAAUGAUAAUAAAAAAAUAAUGACCGGACGUUUCUCCUUGCCUUAGCCGAUUAUUGUUUAAUUGUACUGAAAUAUUUUGUGAUAAACGUGUAUAUUUUUAUUUAAGGGUUUUGGGGAUUAUUCAUAUCUCUAAUAAACUAAUUUUUACUUAAUUUUUUUCGUUUUAAAAGAUAUCUCCAACAAGUUAUUGAUCUAACUAUCUAAGGAAACUCAUUUCCCUUUAUUUCCAAAACGUCACAUUUUCCAUCAUUUAUUUCCUUGUUCGCUGACGUUAAUCUUGAACGUUUUGUAUUAAACUUUUUAAACAUCUUUUUUAUUAGUAAAAAAAAAUCAUGGAUGAUCCUGACUUAGGAGAAUUAAACGAUGCUCAAGAAGAAGGUGAGGAUGAUUUGGAUCCAACAGAUCCAGAUUAUCCUUUUCUUGUUAUUGAAAGACACUAUAAUAAGACUGUGACUGAACUUGAACAAAAUCCGGAAUUAAUACAAUACGCCGAAGAAUUUACCAGAGUUUUUGAAGCUUUGUUUAGAACUCACGAAAGCGAAAAAGCUUUAACGGAAAAAUGCGAAGAACUCGAGAUGAAAAUCGCUGAUGAUGAGAACCAAAUCGAACUCGCUAAAGAAUUAGCGAAAACCGAUAGCAAAACGAUUAAUGACUUGAAAGAUCAAAUUAAAUAUGCUUGGAAAAUGUGCGAUGGUGCUCACUCAAGAGAACAAACCGCUCAAGAAAUCAUUGAUAAUUUAAGAAAGCAAAUCGAUGGGUUAAAUGCUGAGAUUGAAUUUAAGAAUCGGAUGGGGCAAGAAGAAGAACAAACGGAAGUAAGCAAACACAAAGAUGGACUACAAAGAGAAAGAGAUAAAUUGCAAUCUGAAGUCGCGAAAGUAACCGAAAAAUUAACCCACGCUUUAAGUUAUCAAGAAGAAUUGGAAAGAAGAACUUCCCUCGCGGAUUUAAAAUUAAACGAAUUUGCCGAACAAGUUGAAGAACAAAACGUUGAAAUAACACGUUUAAAAAAAAAUAGAGAUCAAUUAGACAGUGAUAUACAAGAAUAUAUGCAAACGAUCGAAAAGAAAGAUGGCGAUAUUAGUACCUUAAAUGAUACGAUAACUUCUUUACAAAAAUCUUUAUCUAAAGCAGAGAUGCAUAUAGCAACACAAAAAGUUAACACUGAUAAAGCAAUGAAAGAAUACGAUGAGAUGUCAAAGAAAACGGCAAAAAUGCAAGACGAUUGGGAUAAUCUUUGUUUUAAUCAUGAAAAAUUAAAAAAAGAGUUACUCCAAAAAUCGACUGAAAUUCGGAUGAAAGACGAUGAAACUGCAAAACAAAGAAACGAAUUAUGGAAAUUAAGUAAAUCAAAAGAUCAAGCAGACCACAAACUACAAAAAAUGGAACAAGAUCGAGCUGAUAGUAAUAUCGAAAAAGAUAAACUUCGACAAUCUAUAGCGAAUAUGACGAGAGAAAUCGAACUUAUGAAACGAUCUUCUGAUCAAGACAAACGAACGUUAGAUCAAACAAUGCGAGAAAAAGAUGUUAUGACUAAGAAUAUAACGAGAAUGCAAGCCGUUGCAAAGGAUCAUGUUAAAUUAAUUAAAAUUCAAGAACAAGCCAGAAGAAAAUUAGCAGAAGAAAUCGAUAAUCACAUCAUGGAAGGGAAUAAAAGACUUAAACAAAUCGGUUAUUUGGAGAACGAACGCGAUCGUAUGGUAGACGAGCAAUUAGAUUUAACGAAACAAAUUGAAGAUUUUAUGGACGAACAAAAAAUGAAAAAGGUAGAGGUUUAUGAAUUAAAGAAAAAUAUUGCCGAACAAGAAAAUAAAAUGCGGAUGCAAUUGAAUCUUUUUGAUGCCGUUCGUGCGGAAAGAAACGCUUUGAUAAAAACUUUACAAGAAUCGAACGCAGAAACUGCAGAGUUAAAGGGAAAACUUAAAAUAAGUACUCAUCAAACCGAACAGCUUAAAGAAGAUAUUUCUAUGAAGGAACAACUGUUUAUAAAAGAAGAGAUGAUUUUAAGGAAAGUCAAUAAAGAAAAAGAAAAUUUGAGAGUUGACUUGGAUAAUGCUAAUGAAGCAGUAAGAAGUUUAAAACAAGAGAUUGCUGAGAUGAAAGCUGAAGAAAAACGACUUCAUAAAGUCAUUAUGACUGCCGAUAGAUUAACACGCCAACAAGCUAAAGAUUUAGACCAAUUAAUGAAUGAAAGAGAUAUUUUAGGUUCCCAACUCGUAAGAAGAAAUGACGAAUUAGCUUUAUUAUACGAAAAAGUAAAAAUUCUCGAAACCACUUUACACAGAGGGGAAGCCCAAUACGAUCAAAGAUUGGAAGAUAUUCGACUUUUAAAAACAGAAAUUCGUCGGUUGCGUCAAGAUAAGGGCUUACUGACUAAAAGCAUUUCGAACAUGACCGAUUUACGCCAAGAAGUGUUCCAUUUGCAAAGGGAUUUAGUCAAAGAACGUUUAAAGUGUAAAGCUCUUGAAGAAGAAUUACAAAAUCCUAUGAAUAUUCAUCGAUGGAGGAAACUUGAAGGUUCCGAUCCGGAACUAUAUGAAUUAUUACAAAGAUUACAAUUACUUCAAAAGAGACUUUUAAGACAAUCUGAACAAGCUAUAGAACGUGAAAGACAAUUAAAAGAAGUAGAAAGAUUAUAUUUGAAUUUAAGAAACGUAGUUGAGCGUCAACCAGGUCCUGAGGUUAUGGAUCAGCUGUCAAAAACACAACGAACGCUGACUAUGAACUUAAACAAAAUGAAGUGUUUAGCAUCCGAAUUAAAUAUGACUGAAUUACAAAAUAUGGAAUAUAAAUUGGAAGUUGAAAAAUUACGCGAAGAUGUUAAAGAUAUAAAACGAAAAUAUUUAAAAGCAAAGAAAUUAAAGUGUACAUGUCGACGUACUGCGGCCAUUGAAGAAACUAGUAAGACAAGUUGUUCGCAAGGCGACGAGGUGAAAUUUGCCGGUGGUGGAUUUCGAAUGUCUGUAACAAGUGUGAAUUAAUUUGUUUUAACCAAAAAAAAUAAAACAAGUAAUCAAUUUGA